ACUCGACGUUUGUGGGAACUUUUACGUAGAGUUUUAUAUUUUACGUUAAAGUUAGAUCUCCCGGGUUCCUUCCUUCUCAUAGAGGGGGCCAUGUUUCUCUAAGUUUUUCUCACGAUAUUCCAAAACCAGCUCCAGCAGGAGUCGGCUUCUUCCCUCUUCCUGAUGCCGUUCCCUGCUGCUCCCUCCCCCUCUCGCGACUCCUCCUCCGCCGGGCUACUUGCUCCGACCAGCGGAUCUUCCAACAAACAAAAAAAACACACAACAAAAAAAAACUUUCCGUGCCCAGGCUUCCUGGAGCUUUUGUGUUACAUGUUAGAACCGAUGAAGAGGAGACGAGUAAGAUAUGAAAUAUAAAGAAACAUGGUACUGAUGACCGAGCAGGCGGACAGACCUCUGACCCCGUUAUCCGCACCGGAGAAACUUUCCAGCAGGGACUCCCGAGGGAGUCGGUCGACGUCUGGAGUGGAUCAUGGGGCUGAGGGGAGACCGAGGAGGCACGGAGGGUCACCUGCAGACCCCCAGCUGUGUCCGGACACGGAGACCGACCCCUCGGAGAGCAGGAAGAAACCCGCCAGCGUCAGAUUGAAACCUGUGGAGCAGCUUUCCCCUGCUCUGAAUCCAAGUGACUGUGAAACAAAAUUUGAAAGGAAGAAAGCCCAGCCCAGCCAUUUAUCAAAAACAAAUGUCCAGUAUCAUAAGUUAUUCAAGGAGGUCGGCAAAGAUGAGCUCCUCAAACAGAGCUACACUUGUGCUCUGCAGAGAGACAUUUUAUAUCAGGGCAAGAUGUUCGUCUCUGAUAACUGGGUCUGUUUCCACUCCAAAGUCUUUGGCAGAGAUACCAAGAUUUCAAUCCCCGUGCUGUCUGUGACGUUCAUCAAAAAAACGAAAACUGCGCUAUUAGUGCCAAACGCCCUCGUGAUCGAAACAACAAGCGAUCAGCAUGUGUUUGUGUCCUUCCUCUCUCGAAACACCACCUUUAAACUUCUGAAGUCCAUCUGCGGCCAUUUGGAGGUGGAUAAGACGGGUAGCAGCCCCGUUACUUCCUCCUGUGAAAACAGCUUCAGCGUGACCUGCCCAUCGUCGCUCCCCCUGCACUUUUCUGCGGACUUCUCCGCCCUCGACGGAGUUGUGCAACAAAGACGCCAGGAGAUGAUGGAGAGCAGCAGCUCCGGCUCGCAAACUCCAGAUUACGACAAAAUAACUGACUUCAGCGGCCUCCCGGACAAACUUCUAAGUGCAGUGAAGAGCCGAGAGGUUUCAGUCCACGCAGACAUUCACCUCCAGAGUCCAAGCCAAAAACACGGAGCGGCCCUGAAGAACGGGUCUACAAAGCUCAAAGACAAAUCCUCACAGCCCAUGUCGCUGCACGCCAUCCUCCUCCUCUAUUUGUUUCUAGUCACUGUCCUCGUCUUGUCCUCCUGUUACAUGGCUUUCAAGAUCGUGGCUCUUGAGCAUCGCCUGAACUCGUUGGCGUCUGUGGGGCAGCACAUUCGCAAUGACAACGCAGUGAGCCCCAGGCCCCAGGGAGAAUUGAACUCCGAGAUGUAUGGAGAACUGUCUUCCAAUUUGUUCAAGCUAGAAAAGAUUCAAAGAAGCCUUCGGAAGCUACUUGAAGAGACUUGAAAGAAGACUUUUGUCUGUCGGGACAGAAGCUUUACUUUUUUAUCAGAAAUGUUGGUCAAUCACUGAAGAUCAGAAGUGAUCAGAUUUGGUAAUAGAUUUGUUGCCAGAGCACAGACAGCUCAUACAGAAAGCUUUCUUAAAACGGUGUGAUCGUAAAUUGUGCAAUAAUAGCUUCUUUCCUCUUUCCACUCAGGACUAUUUCAUUACACUUUCUAAAACAAAAUGUUUUGCUGGAGCUUAAACUUAAGCUGAGUGUUAGUGUUUAUUAGUGUUAGCAGAGAGAAAGAGUAGGCUUAUACGCAGUAUUUAUCUAAGUGCAUUUACUGAACAUUUCACAAAAAGUUUGAUUUUUUUAAAGGUCAUAUUUCAAUGUUUUCCAAACAUUUCUUAAAAGGUCAACUUGUGCUGUAUAUAGAUUUUUUCUUAGAAUUGAAUUGCAGAUAGAUUAUAUGUAUGUUAUGAAUAUAAAUCAGAAAAGAAUGAGAUGCCCGCACUCUGCUAAUUCUCCCAUCCGUGUUGUUGUGCUGCAACGUUUCGACCCAGCCGGGUCUUCCUCAAGCUAAAGACCCGGCUGGGUUGAAACAUUGCAGCACAUAAUAAUAAUAAUAAUAAUAAUAAUAAUUAUAAUAAUAAUAAUAAUAAAAAAAGGUAUGGGAGAAUUAGCAGAGUGCGGGCAUAUCAUUCUUUUCAGUUGUAUCCAGCCCCUUUUUUGCCCUGCAUCUGACCAGUGAGGAUGUGAUAGGGAUAUUUGUAAAAUAUCUCUUAAUGACAGUUAUAGACAUCUUCUUACAUUGUGAUAUCUGAAGAUAUAAAUGGGGCUUAUGUGAGUAGAGGUUUGCUAAGUGAAAAGUUUAAAGGCAUUUCAAUUGUAAAUAAGGCCCGAUCUGUACGUUUAGACAUUUUAAUUACAUGUUUAUUUCAUUGGUAUCGUUGAAGAGCUUCUCAACUGAUCACAAUUUAAAAAUGUGUCCACAGAAACUUGGAUUCUUGUUGCUGUCGAGUUUUUGUGUAUUUAAAUACUUGUAGAAAUGGAAAAGAAUAAGCUUGUGCUUUAAACUAUGGCGGUUUGUUUACAUCUAGAUCACAGACUGUGCCUUUAACUAUUGUGUAUAUAUAUAUAUCACAGUCCUGAAAUAAGUGUCUCUUAUGCAGUU